AUGGCUGACCUCAGUGACUUGCAAAGCAUACUUGCGUCGGUCGCAGCAUACGAGGCAGGCUAUCGGGCUCGUUUGGUUGGCCACAAUACGGUGGAACUCCCUGCCGGAGUGGCCGCUCGUCUGCACGAGCAUUCCAAGUGGGCCACCUUCAGCUUCCUGCACCUUCAGCUGCAAGGUCUCCAGAGUAUUAGACCUAGCCGACACGGCCCGGCCUUCUUGAGGUUGAGCGACAUCACCACAGCCAUGUCGACCAAAACAUCCACCAUGAACGGCGACGUGGCGAUCCCCCAGCCUCCACCACGACUGCUGGUAGGCAACAUCGGCGACAUCGAUGCCGAGAACCGCCUCGCCAGCAUCAACAAUCUGUUCAAGCUCCACGGGCCCAUCUUCAAACUCGACCUGGGAGGCAAGACUGUCAUCUUCGUCGGAGGCCACGAACUCGCCGACGAGCUCUGCGAUGACUCGAGAUUUGAGAAGACGGUGGCCGGACCACUUUUCGAAGUGCGCAAUGUGGCCGGACUAGGGGUACUCAUCGAUCCAUAA